AUGCUCCAAACAAUUUAUGUCCAGUAGCCCAUUUCGCGCCUUUCUUGUUCAAGAACCCCGAUUAGGACAAAAUCAAAUUGAAAAUUGAAAGUUGCGCAACACGAGAAGGAUGGGUUUGAUUUGUCCAUGAAAGAAAGAAAGACGACACAAACAGAAGUUACUGCGGCGCGCCUCUCUUCUUCUCUUUCUCUCUCUCCCUCUGUUCGCAUCUUCAUCAUCAAGGAUUCGCUAUCACUUUUUUUCAGAUCCUCUCAUUUUCCGUUAUCUUUUCGGUUCUAGAAACAAGGAACUGAUAGUGUUGCGCAGUAACAAUUCGCUGUACAUUUCUCCAACUUUUUUUUUGGUGCGCUGUUCUCAAAUUGAUAAGACGAGUGUGACCAAACUUCGACGGCGCGCGCCAAAAACUGCUAUAAAAGCGGUUGCCAUGAGACGGUUUUCUUGUCGACCGAUCGGUUUACUCUUAACGAGGUUAGUUGCGUGUUUCUAGAAACCGUACAAACGUUAUUGAUUUUCAGAUGUCGUACGCCGUCGCAGUGACUAGUGCUGCAUCGAUUGUUGCCACUGGCAUGCUUCUCAUCUCCGUCGGAAACAUCAUUUCCGAUCUGAACAAUCUCCAACUUGAGAUCACCGAUGGAAUGAAUGAUUUCAAGGUUUCUUAAUCAUUUUUCAGACUAAAUAAAACUCGAAAGUUUCAGAUGAAGUCCGAUGAGACCUGGUCUCGCAUUCUCUCUCUUCACGUGAACCCAACUGGCGAGACCGCUGCCCCACCAAACUUCAAGACCCUCUUCGGACGUCAUAAGCGUGACAACAGCCAAUGCCACUGCGGACUUCAAUCCCAGGGAUGCCCAGACGGACCACAAGGAGCACGCGGACCACCAGGAGCUCCAGGACUCAACGGAUCCCCAGGAGUUGACGGAAAGCCAGGAUUGAACGGAAAGUCAUUGAACUACGUUCAUGCCGCCGAUGGAGAUUGCAUUCCAUGCCCAGCUGGAGAGGCCGGACCAGCAGGACCAGACGGAGAGCCAGGAGUCAGGGGACCAAACGGGCCACCAGGACCAAAUGGAGGACCAGGACAGCCAGGAACUCCAGGACCACCAGGACCAGCCGGACCAGCCGGAAAGCCAGGACCAGUGGGACCAGCUGGAGCACGCGGAGAAGCCGGACCACGCGGAGUUCGCUACUCUGCCGGAGUUCCAGGAAAGCCGGGAGAUGUCGGACCAUGCGGACCAGAGGGACCAAAGGGAGCUCCAGGAGUGCCAGGAAAGAACGGAGCACCAGGAGAUCGAGGAUUCGGAGGACAGCCAGGAGUGCCAGGAGCUCAAGGAGAAGACGGAACUCCAGGACAGCCAGGAGCCGACGGAGCUCCAGGAGACGAUGCCGGAUACUGCGCCUGCCCGGGAAGAACCGUUUUCGAAGCCUAA